AUGAAUGCGGCUGGUGAACAGAGAGCAUUGCAGCUGAAUAAGAUGGAGGAAAUUCGUAAUGAGUCUUAUGAUAAUGCAAAAAUUUUCAAGGAGCGCACCAAGAGGUUUCAUGACAAAGUCAUUCGUCAAAAGACAUUUGAACCAAACCAAAAGGUGCUGCUAUAUAACUCUCAACUAAGACUCUUUCCAGGGAAGUUGAAAUCUCGGUGGAUGGGUCCUUUUCUGGUCACAAAGGUGUUUCCCCAUGGAGCAAUCGAAAUUAAGAACUUGAGGAACAACUCUGUCUUCAAAGUGAAUGGUCAAAGUCUCAAACCGUACUUGGAGACAUCUUUUGACACCAAUGAGCAGCAUAUGUUUCCUUCACUGUUCAUCCAAAUUGAUGAGCUUAAACUUGGUCUGGCUGAAGACAUAAAACUUAGCGCUUGUUGGGAGGCAACCCAAUAA